AUUUAAUUAAAAUCAUAUCAUCUUGAAGAGAUCUGUUGUAAUCAAUAAUAUACAUCAGUUAGAAUUAAAGAUGGGGACAUUUGGUGGACAUGCAUUACCUGGAAGUUUUUUUAUUCUUUAUGGUUUAUGGUCUAUUUGGCAUAUAUUAGAGAAAUUUUAUCGACGAAAAAGUUAUGAAUUAAAUAAAUCGAAUGAACCAACUUCUGAAUAUACAUGUAGAAUAUCAUAUCCAAUUGAAAGAAAACAACAAACUGAAAAUGAUAUAAAGAAGUGUUUUUCUUGUUGUAAAAAAUCAUUUCCAUUGGAUUCAUUAGCUAAAUUAGUGCUUUGUAUUAUUGGAAUAAUAGGAGAAGUGAUUACAGGAUUUAGUAAUGAUUGGAUAUUUGUACAUAUUGGUAAUGCGCAACAUUCUACAAUGUUCUCAUUAUUUGGAUUAAGUGGAGCUAUUGAAUUGUGUAUAUUUUAUGGGAUUUUUAAAAUUCCACUUCAAUCAGAAUAUCUUUUUCAUGGAAUAGCACUAUGGGGAGAACUAUUUCUAUUCCUAUUUCAUUUACACCAUAGAAAUCCACUAGAUGUUUACCUACAUCUAUUAUUAACUGGUAUGAUUAUAUUAGGGAUUCUAGUGUCAGUUGUUGAAUUAUUAAAUCCACACGAACCUAUUUAUGGUUUAAUACGUAGUUGGACUUAUCUUAUGCAAGGCACAUGGUUUUGGCAAGUUGGAGCUAUUCUAUAUCCUAAAACAUCAUGGAUGCCAGAAUGGGAUCAGCAAGCUAAACAGAGUAUACCGGCAGCUGCAAAUUUAUUCGCCUAUCAUAUGUUGGGAAAUUCCGUUGCAAUCAUUCUAAUCGCUAUACCAGUUAUGAUUCGUACAAAAGCUAGUUUGAUGAGUGAUGAAACAAUGAGAACACGUUUAUCAAGAAGAGAAUAUCGUCAACAACCCCAGGAACAUCAACAAAAUUUCACGAUUGACAACAAUUCAGAAGAAAUAGAAUUAUGGAAUUAUAAUCAUAGUACUACAGGGAUUAACGAAGUUAAGCAAAGUGACAGAACCUGUGUUUAAUGAAUAAACCAUAAGGCACUUGUCAUUACAUCAUUAAGCCAUUAUGUUGAUGCCAAGUAGAUUGAACUGGUAAUACGUUGAAGCAAUAUGAAAUUUAAUCAAGUUUCAUAAUAUAAAACUAUUCCUUCAUCUUUCUUUUUUUAAUUUUGUAACCUCAUCUUCAUUUCUUGUUUUGAUCGUCUAACCUUAAUUCAAACGUAUGACUGACCCUCCUCGCUAUUUGUCUCUAUCUUAGAGAUGGGCAAACCAUUUUAUUAAGAGGCUGUAUGAGCCUAUGUACUGUAUCAAACAUGUGGUGAAAAAAACCCGGCAAUCUUUUCAGUUGGAAUAAUAACUUGAAUUAUUCAUUGGAAAACUAUGAUUUACUUGCUCAGUCAUCAUCGUAGACGACACUAUAUAGCUUGAAAGAUGAAUGCAACUGAACAUGACUUAAAUAGUAUUAUUUUUGUCUGUUGUAAUGCGUAAAAUGGGACCUGGAUUAGCGUCUGUUGGUUGAGACAAUUUGAAAUUUUAUUUAUGAAUAGGUGAGUUCAGAAGAAUAAAUCAACUCCAUAAACAGAAUAUUCUACUGACAAAAUAUUGUCAGAUAUGAAAUGUAUUCACUGUCAGAGAUGAACAGGAUUCAAUAAAUGGAUUAUUUUUGACGAAUUUCUAAGUUUUUAUCAACCUGAAGGUGUACUGAUCAUAUAUGAAUAUCACAAUCAGUUACCCAAAUAUCCAAAGAAAUUGGAAAACUCAAUAGGCUGAACUGGGAUACAAAAACUUUUUAAGUCUGCAUAACGACGCGAAAAUUAGAAACUUGAGCGCUGAAAACUUGUGACCAUAUUCUGAAUAACUUAAACUGAAAAUGCUUAUAUGCUUAUUGUUAAGAAAUAAACAGUGUAUUUUCUCAAAUGACUUGAACCUUAUAUUUUGUUUUCUUUUAGUUGGUCUUGACAAACCAAUAGUGAAGAAACAUAUUCACUUUAUUGUCAAAUCCAAUAUAAAUGGAAUGAAUUAAUCACUUGCUUUCGGUAUAAAGGUUAGAGUUGACUGACUGAAACAUUCUCAAUACCUAGUAUGUAUUUCAUUUGAUUCUUUAAAUAUGAUUGUACUGUAGUGACCUACUUUUAUCAAGAUGACGCGAUUGGUGCAAUGGAAACAAUUAUUAUUAUAACCAAUUGUACCAGGUAUUGUUUUACCGUACUUGUUUGUUUAACUGUAUCGAAAUACAUACAUUCUCCCGUGGAUUGUGACCCUGAAGGAAUUCCCGGUUACGUUCAGUAACCACACUUGUACUUCUUUGGCACGAUCUCGGUAUUCUUUGGAUACCACGAGAUAGCUAACGAAUAUAUCUCGACUGCAGCCAUCAACUGCCUUCUGACAUUUGGCUUACGGGGGACCUUAUCGGUUAACUGGCACGUAGUCUUCCUGUAGUGGUGAUCAUAGUCAACUAUAUUAGUAAUCUGAUGAGGUUUUACAAAAAAGUGUAGGAUUUUCGUUUAUAAAUUCAAUGUUUUAGCGUUCACCUUCAGGCUGGAGUGUUAACAUUUAAAUACUUCAUGUUAACAUGCAUGAGUAUGUGGACCAUUAAGGAGAUUAAAAUUAUCGUAGAUUAAUAUGAUAAUUAGAAGCAUUUGAACUAAUGAGCUGAAAAUUCCCGAAGUAGUGCAGUUUGAGAAAGGUAGAAGUAGAUGAGCACAAAUGAAAGUAUUAUAUUUGAAAUUCGUGAUCAGAGUGAAAUCAAGUUCAAAGGAAUCACCAGUUGAUACAAAUACCACAACCACCUUAGCUUAAAUCGGAAUUCGAUUUCCAUAAAUCUACUGUAUGUCUUCUCAGGUCCAUCAUAUGUUUGUCCGACUGUACAUAUAAUAUAGCGAAAUAGAACUAAUCCCAAUAAGUCUAGAACACCAACAGGACACAAUAGAAAAAUUCAAAUUCGAAGUAAGCAGUAUGAGAUUACAUUGUAUUGUAAUUAUAGGUUUGAAUGAAAAAUAAAAUAUUGAGCUAUACAGUAAAUGUAUUAGUUAUUCACCAUAACUGCCACAUGUUGGUUGUGUCUAUGUGCCUAUAAUGUGAUCUGGAUUUGUUUGCGAAUAUGUUAAAUCUCAGUUGUUCAGCAUUCUGAUCCCCAUUUUCUUCAUCUGUCUGAAAUUCGUUAUGUAAACAUAAAUAUAAAUAUAUAUAUGCUUUGAACUGAUUGACCACUUAAAUCAUGAAUCUUUGCCAUCUGACUACCUAUUCUUUGAAUUAUAAUUCCCCUUAGAUGGUUGGUAACUCCGUCUGGAGUCCCCACGGAGGCUACUGCCGGUCCCAAGCCGAGAUAAAGGAGGAGGGUCGGGCAUGGGGUUAGCUACCCUAUCGCGUAGAAAACUAACUCGUUAAAAAACGUUACCCAUAAAAAAUUAUUCAAACCACUUAAACUCUGCUUGGGAGUGUAGUGACUCACAUUUAUCACGAGAACACGACUGGUUUAAUAAAAACAAUUAUUAUUAUAACCAACUGUACCAGUGUCUGUUUUAACGUGCUUUUGUUUGACUGUGCUAAUGACAGCUAUUUUGUGCUUCCAUUCUUGUACUUACACUUUGAUUGUAACUUCGCGCGAAUUCGGUUACCUUCUGUAACCAAGCUUGUAUCCUGGCACGAUCUCGGUAUCCUUUCGAUGCCACGAGAUCGCCAGCAAAUAAACCUCGACUUGGUCCAUUAAUUGCCUUCUGAUAUUUGGCUUCUCGGGGAUUUUAUGGAGUCAUUUGGAACGAGCUUCUUACGCCUUCUGAUCUAUUUGGCAUGUGUUUCUUGGUAGCGGUGUUCAUAGUUAAUCUCAACUCGACACCACGCUACAAUUGGUGAGCCGUAUUUUGGAACACGCCUCAACAUCUGGUCAAAUCUUCCAAAGAAGCCAAUUCGGUGAGUCUAUGAUUUAUCUAUCCACAUCUGUCGUGUAUUUUCAUAUUUAAUAUAUAAUAUACUCGACAUGACGGAUAACGAUAAGAAUAGUAUUAAUAUAAUAGACUCAUAUGUAUGUGUACCGAAUCCUUGUCACUUUUUAUUCGCGUGACGAUGAAUUCCACGCUUUAUUCGAGAAAUGUUACCCUAUUAACGAUUCUCCUCGCUGACCCGGCUGCUUGGUACGGAAUGCAUACGCAUAAGCAUAUCCGUCUACCACCCAGCACCAAAUGGUUAAGUUGAACGGUUUCACUGCCAACUUAAAAGAGUUCUACGAGCACACGAAAACGGCAACUGGCACGAAACCUUACCGCUCGUUAUUUUAGGGGUGAGAACGAGCUUAAAGGCAGAUAUCCAAUGUUCCGCCACUGAACUUGUAUACGGCACGACAUUGCGUCUGCCUGGAGAAUUCACACCACGGAGCAGACCUAAUUUCGGUAAAUCAGACUACGUCCAUCGACUGUCUACAUUUAUGCGAACGCUGUCUCCGGUGUCAACUCGAAUACAACAUCGACAGGUCGCUCUCUCUCGAGAGUUAUCUACCUGUUCACAUGUUUUUGUACGAGUAGACUCGGUACGCAAACCUUGGCAACAACCUUACGAAGGCCCUUUUCACGUGAUCGCUCGUCACGAAAAGACCUUCAAGGUUGAUCGAUAUGGACGCGUCGAGAUCGUCAGCAUUGAUCGUCUCAAACCAGCACACGUCGAUGACAGUGCCCUAUCUGACACCCUGAGAUUCAAUGCUAGACCUAUCAAACCUAGCGGGAUCCUUAAAUCUCCUUCAGGUCCCACGCUAGAUACAUCUGAGACCUCAUUCUCACGUCCCGGUCAACAGCACGCGUCGUCUGCACCGUCUACGGACGAGACGAUAGUCUCACGUCCAGAUCAGCAGACCACGCCGCCUGACCUCGGAUGAGAUUGCAGGCUCACGAGAUACGAACGAGACUGCUGUCUCACGUUCCGGUCGCCGAGUACGGUUACCCGUACGCUUCCGCGACUAAUAGCACAGUGAACAACCGAUACGGUGUAGGGAUAUUCCUGUACUACACGCAUGCUACACUCUUCUUUUUUGAUUUUCUUUUUGUUUCCUGAGCCCACGCCUUCGACCAUUUCCGUUUGGUUCCGUCGACUUCAGUCAACUUUGGCGAAAGCUGGCCUGAUCACCCACGCUCUUGUCAACGUAUUCAGUCGAUAUAUUGGUUUCGAAUGCUUGGCAUACGCUUGGUCUCGAACUUGGUCGUUAUGGUCGCUUCUGGUCUUUUGGCUCAACGUGGAUUCGUCCCACGUCUGCAGCGUUUCUGGUCCGCAUUCCCUACGAACGCAAUCUUCAGAUUCUGGAUACAAACCACUCUGGUAGCAUGCCAACUCAAGCAAUAAAUACAACACAUCGCUCCUGGUACCGUUCUCCGAAAACGACCUUCGUUGGCAACUCGACGAUCAACGAUCGCUUUCCUGUUCGCCAAUUCUUCCGUCCUACAAUCGCUCGUCAGCCGAUCAGUCCCACGAUUCAAACCGCUAUUUGUCGAAAGUGUAAAUCCUUUCUAGCGGGGGUCUCCUGUAGUGACUCACAUUUAUCACGAGAACACGACUGGUUUAAUAAAAACAAUUAUUAUUAUAACCAACUGUACCAGUGUCUGUUUUAACGUGCUUUUGUUUGACUGUGCUAAUGACAGCUAUUUUGUGCUUCCAUUCUUGUACUUACACUUUGAUUGUAACUUCGCGCGAAUUCGGUUACCUUCUGUAACCAAGCUUGUAUCCUGGCACGAUCUCGGUAUCCUUUCGAUGCCACGAGAUCGCCAGCAAAUAAACCUCGACUUGGUCCAUUAAUUGCCUUCUGAUAUUUGGCUUCUCGGGGAUUUUAUGGAGUCAUUUGGAACGAGCUUCUUACGCCUUCUGAUCUAUUUGGCACGUGUUUCUUGGUAGCGG